AUGCCGCCAGCAGCAGCAACUUCAAAAAAACGAAUUAGGGAUGAUGGCGAGUAUACCAACUCUUCAAUCAGUUUAAAUCCAAUCAAAAGGGUUCGCAAACAAUCAAAAAAUGCAACAGUUUCGGCUACGCCGACUGACCACUCUGAAGAUGAGGAUGAAAUCAUUACCAAAAUGGUCCCAAAGAUUGCAGCUUUGGAUCCGAAUUCAUUUGCAAGCUCAGAAACUAGAGAAGCACCUCAAUAA